AUCGUGUGCAUGUGUGCUCGAAUUCGGCUGCGUGUGCGUACCGAUGUGUAUACGUGUGCGUCGAGAUCCGUGUGCGAGUCGAGCCUGUCGCCAUCUGUAUUGUCAAUGUUGUCGGCCAGCAGGAGCACCACCAGCCCAAUGGACCCGUGAGCAUUUUCGACUCUCCGCCCGAUCUUCUUCUAGACGUCUAUUCUCGACCGCGAGCCUCGACUUCCUCGUGUCGAGUCAUCGAAAGUCUUACGGCGAUUCUUCACGGUCGAGCCUCGGCGCCGCUCGAGCGUCGCCGCGGAGUAACUCCGUCGCAAUGUUUACAUGCCACCCGCCACGGCGACCAGUUUCUCGAGGAUCCUUGUGCUUUUGCAACUACUCAGGGCCCUAUUGCGUUACGGGAAAACGAUUUCGUUUCGAUUAUAACUCUUCCUGCUGGACUGCCCCAUUUAUAACCUCUCCGCGGCGGCCAUCGAGGAUCAACGGCCGCAGACCCCCUGCAAUACAAUCGGUCUAUACCAUCAGUCCUUUUGUCCGAUUUUUCUGCUCUCAAACGUGUUUGCGUCGUUUACCAUUCUUAUAUGAACUUGUUAGUGUGAGCUAGUUAGUAGAAUUGUGAAUUUGUGUUACCAAAUACUUCUUACACUCGAGUGCUACUUUUGGAAGUUCAGUUCGUGGAGGGAUGCUUUGUGCCUUGCGCUUGUGAUCUCUGUCUCCGAGAGGAAUCCACUUUCUAGAUAAUAAAUACAUGGACGACUAUGUAGGUGUGCGCGGCUCACCUGCACGUGCCACGUACCGCUAGCUCAUUUGGUAUAGUAGAAUGGCACAGCGAGGCAAACGAAUAAAUAGAAACGACAAUGAUUUGGCGUCUUGCCCAGGCGCAAUCAAAAGGCGCAAAUGUAGGCUGGGUCCAGCGACGGGUACGACGUCGCUGGCAGCUACCAUGGGCCCCUCAGAAGAGGAGGAGACGAUGGCGUCGUCCAGUCAAGGAGGGGCAUCCUGGACCCCCAGACCUCUUAGUGACAUCAAAAUCUCUAGUAUAUACAAUCGCUCCUCUGCUGAGGCUCCCGCAGAAUUAUUUCGUAAGGAUUUGAUCAGCGCAAUGAAAUUACCUGACAGUGAACCAUUAAGUCCCAAUGAAUAUUGGGUCAUUACUGAUCAAUGGAAGCAAGAAUGGGAGAGAGGUGUUCAAGUACCUGUCAACCCAGACUCCCUUCCUGAACCAACAGUCACUAUCACUCAAGCAACACCUGUAAAGCAGCACAGUGAAUUCAAACUACCUAAAAAAUUCGUAAGGAUAUCUCGUGAUGAUUAUUUCAACCCUGAAGAUCAUCAUUUAAGCACAACACCUGCACGAGCAGAAAAAGCUUGUGCUUAUGAUCUUGAUGAUACUGAUAUUGCGUGGUUGGAUGUAUUAAAUGGCGAACGUGCACAGGCUGGUCAGUUACCUAUUACAGAAUCACAAUUAGAACGCGUGAUAGAAGAAUUGGAAGUUCGUUGUUGGGAAAGAAUACAAACCAUUGUAAAGAAUGAAGAGGGUCUUGGUAUUGAAUAUGACGAGAACGUAAUCUGUGAUGUUUGUAGAUCUCCUGACUCUGAGGAAGGAAAUGAAAUGGUAUUUUGUGACUGCUGCAACAUAUGUGUACAUCAAGCAUGUUAUGGAAUUACUUCGAUACCGGACGGUUCAUGGUUAUGCAGAACUUGUUCUCUAAGUCAACGACCAGAUUGUGUUCUUUGUCCUAAUAAAGGUGGUGCUAUGAAAUGUACUCGUAGUGGCCAAAAGUGGGCUCAUGUUUCUUGUGCUUUAUGGAUCCCAGAAGUCAGCAUUGGCUGUGUUGAAAGAAUGGAACCUAUUACUAAGAUAUCCAGUAUUCCGCAAAGUCGAUGGGCUCUAAUAUGUGUACUAUGUCGAGAAAGGGUCGGUGCUUGUAUCCAAUGCAGCAUAAAGACGUGUAAGACAGCUUAUCACGUGACGUGUGCCUUCAAAUAUGGUUUGGAGAUGAAGGCAAUUAUUGAGGAUGAAAUGGCUGACGACGGAGUAAAGUUAAGGUCCUACUGCCAGAAACAUAGUAGAACAAACACAAAAGAUAAAGUUCAAGGCACUGGAGGCAGUAUAGGAAGUGGAGCUGACAAAGCAGGAUCUGAUUCUGAAGAUGCAGAAUCUAGGAGACGUAAGAGAAAGGAUAUGACUUCUGAAGAAAAAAAUCAAGCACGUGCUGCAAAAUUACAAGAAAUUGAAGCAGAAUUCGACAAACAUGUGAGUUUGAAGGAUAUUGCUUCACAGCAAUUGGAUGUAGAUCCCGAAGGCAUAGUUUACAUAUAUAAUUAUUGGAAACUUAAAAGAAGAGCUGGCCAUAACAAACCGCUGUUAGCACCACGUUGUGGAGAGUUGUCUGGUAGUGGCUCACGCAAUCAAGGACAGGCAGCCGAUCUUGAAAAGAUGCGGACGUUCGUUCAACUUCGCCAAGACUUAGAAAGAGUCAGAAACUUGUGUUACAUGGUUGGUAGAAGAGAAAAACUCUGUCGGUCUUUUCUCAGGCUACGAGAACAAACUUUCCACAAACAAGCUUUAGUAAUGUCCGGACCACCUUUACCACCGGAAGCUGCCGCUGCCGUGAUGGAAGCUAAUCAUGGACCUUCGAUUUAUGACCGCCUCUAUUCUCAUCCAGACUCAGAGGACCACACUCAUGAUUUCGACACUAUCGUUGCCCGAAUCGCUGGUAUAGAUUCUCCAACUAGUGACGAGAAGAAGACGCAACAACAACAGCAGCAACAACAACAACAGCAGCAGGACUUCAAUGGUGCCUCUAGUAAAAAAUUAUAUUUCAACGGCUCCGUCCGAAGAAAGAAUCUGUACGGCAGUGAUUUAUCGUCUGUUAGUAGCAGUGAAACGGAUGCAACGAAAGCGAAAACAUCCGAGAAAUCGAAGAAUCUGAAGCUUGAGAGUGACUCGAGUACCGAAGAAGAAACCACCAGUGUUCCGUCGAAAAAGUUAUCGCGUAGAAAAGCGAAAAAGACUGUUCGUUCAACAGAUAAGUUACAUUCGACGCUUAAAGAAAACAGUGAAAAUGAAAAACUCGUGAAUAGUAGAUCACACACGCUUGAACAUAUGGAAAAAGAAUUAGGAAGUGCUUCUGGCAGUGAAAGCGAUGAACUGUUGACGUUAAACGCCGGAACGACCAAGCAUCUCGCUGCUUCGGCAAUUUACUCAGAUACAGACUCGGAUUCCCAAGAACACACCUCUCAUUCAGCAGUGUUAAUCACGAAAGCAGCUGUCAAGGAAUUUUCCGCGGCAAAUUUAUCGAAAAAUUCACAAAAAGGCUUCGGUAAAGACUCUAGGCAUUCUGAAUCCACGUACCACAAUACGGGGACGAAAAAUAAAGAGAAUCAAACUAAAGUCAGUACUAAAAAGAAAGAAUAUAUACCUUCUGCACUGAUUGUACCGCAAAGGCAGGCAGCGAAGAAGGCUUCAGAAAUCAUGCAGCGCACACAACAGAGCAAAAAAGAAAACCCAGUGCCUGAGUCUAACCCAGAAGUGGUUAAGUCUCCUGUCGAGGAACUUUCAAAGUGCUCCUCUUCGAAGCAAUCAAAAGACAAAAGUCCUCCUAAGAAACAAAGAGAAAACAAACCAUCGAAGGAGAUUAAAAAUAACGAUGUGUACGAUUUCGAUAAAGAUUUCGGAGAUGGAACGGAAAUUUUAGCGUACGUGCCGCAGAGACAAGCUGCGAAGAAGGCUGCGGAGCACAUAAAAAGCGGCAUGGGCAAUAAACCUACUCAACCAGUUGAGCCGGAAACGUUAGACGGUAGAUCGAAAAAGGAAUCCCCGGAGACUGGAAAGAAAAAAGAAGCUCGAAAGGACGAUCCAUCCUCCAGAAAGGAAGAACUUCCUGCGAGGAAAGAAGAAACAUCGUCAUCGUCGUCGUCAUCCUCAUCCUCUUCUUCGUCUUCAUCGUCGUCAUCCUCUUCUUCGUCGUCGUCCUCCUUAUCCUCCAGAAAGGAAGAAGCUUCUAGAAAAGAAGAAUUGUCCACGAAAAAGGACGAGUCUUCUUCGAGAAAGGAAGAGGUCCUUUCGAAGGACAAUCAUCCUAGAAGACCCAGAAAACCGAGCGAACGAAAGUCGUCGGUACUUUCAAGUAACAGUGAUAGUAGCAGCAGUAGCAAUAGUUACAGUAGUUCCACGGAAAGCAGUAGUGACUCUGAGAACCCUGGACGUAGAAAACUUUCUGACGAUUCGAUAGAUGGUUCCUCUUCCAGUACUUCAUGCGAAAGUGAUAGUGGUAAUCGAACGAAGAGCAAAACGGCCGCGACAGCUGCAACAGCCAUGGCGAAUAAAAAGCAACAACAAUCUAAAACAUCGCCUGAACAACAGGAGGCCGAGAGGAAAUCAGUUACAGGGCGGAAACUCAAGAAGCUGCCCGAGAAGAAGCUUAAAACUUCCGACGGGCGGCGGGGACCAGAGUUUCAGCCGCCUACUGAGAGAGAGGAACCUCGUAGAAUCGCCAAGGAACAGCAACCGCAACAACAACAACCAACACCACCAUCCCAGCAACAACAACAACCAUGUCAGCAACAAGAAACAAGUACAAGUGUCAAAAAGCAAGAUCAAAGAGAUAGCAAGAAACAACCAGCCACCGGAACGGAGGUUGAUGAGGAUCUGCUCGUUGGGUCUGGAGAUCAUGAUGGGGCAAGAAGUGUUUCUGGGUCCAGACCUGCCAAAAAGUCGGUUCAAGCCGGUAAGCAGCAGUCUGUGCCAAGAAAAGAAGAAAAGAAAGCUAAAUCCGAAGGCAGAAAGCGAAAACAGAACGAGUCUGUUGCGAAAGAUGAAAAGACCGGGAAAGAGGCGGUUAAAAAGCCGGAAAAGCGGAUGAACGAGAAGCAGUCUGUCAAGGAGAGCGAAAAGAAGGACGAGGAGGAGGUUAAGAAGGAUGAACCAGCGGUCGUAGAGCAAGGAAAGACCAGUGAACCGGAGAGUUGUUCGAAAACCGACGAGAAGAAAGUUAAGAAGUUUGGCGGCAAGGAUGCGAUCAAUACUUUGGAAGAGGAAAUGAAACAACGUAGAGCGGAGAGAGACAGCCCGAAGAAAUCGUUGAGGGGUUUGGAUAAACUUUUGGAAAAACGCGAGCACCACGAUAAGAUGUCGAGGAGUAAAAAUUCGGAGGUGAAGUUGGAAAAAACUGUUUGCGACGAAGAGAAGGAAAUUAAAGAACCGAUAGAUGAAAGUAAGCACAUGAAAGACAGUGUGAAGAACGAGGACCACAAGAAUCACGUCAACGAGAAUGAGGCUGCUGUCGAGAAGACGAAAUCGGAAGAACAGUUGGAGGAGGAGCAAAUAAAGAAGGAUAUCGUUGAUGUGCCGCAGAUCGAGAAGCUUGCAGUCGGAAAGAAGAAAACGGAGAGAAAUCUGGAGAACGCAAUUGAACCACCCAAUGUUGAGUUACAAAACAUACCAGUUGAGGAGAACGUUCCUAAAGAGAACAACGAGGAAGAGAAUGUUAAAUCCGUUUCGGAGAGAGUUGACAAUUUGGAGAAAGAACAUCAAAAGAGGCGAAAAUCGGCUAACCGAUCGAUCUUCUCGCCGCAGCAUGGGAAAGAUGCGAGUGUCUCGGAAUUGUUUGAUUUCGAUCAAGAUAUGCUGACGGAGGAGAUGGUGAACGAGGACGGAUUUGGUAUAUCUAGGGACGUGGAAGAACGGGGCGUACCGUUGAGUUUCUCCUUCAACAACGAACUGUGGUUCAAGGAAGAUUCGAAGGAAGAUAGCGCUAGAGAAACGCUCCAUCUCGUCGAGAAAUUGCGUAUGGAACUCUCGAAGAAAUCAAAUUCUAGUCAGUUUGAAUUAGAGACAGUACCUGUAGACGGCGAAAUCAAAAAAGAGGAACCACCGAUAGAGAAGACGUUCGAGCAACAACAACCGCAGCAGCAGCAACAGCCACAAUCGCAAUUACAGCAUCAACAAGUGCCGCAACUUCAACAACAGCCGCAACACGAGCAACCACAAGAAAAGGAGGUGAAAAUCCUAGAGUCCAUAGAGCCAGUUAUGAACGUGAAGAAUAACGUUGAAAUUCCUGAAGAAGAAAUCAUCACUAACGAAGCACAUCCCAGUAGCUGUAAAAAUACAAUAGAAGAGAAACGGAAAACGUGUUACUCGAGCGGUAACGAUAGAUACGCGGCCUACGAAGAGGAUCGUGAGGCGAACAAAGUCAGUUUGGUGGAGCGGGCGAAGCUCGAUCGAGCGGAGACCGACGAGAGGUGGGUUCCGCCGAGCAUCAACAGUUUCGAACCCAGCGACGUGCAACACCUUAAUGCUUUGAUGGAAACUCAGAAUCAUCGAUACGGCAACCACCAGUUUCCCAAUGAAACCAUUCAAGAUCCCGAAACGAUCGCACGCACUCAUUUGAACGCGCCGAGUAUACAGGAACAAUAUCUUUUACAGCAAUCGCACUCCAUGCUUCAUGGUCAACAAGAACCUCAUGAAAGAACGAUGCUCAAUCAACAGAUACCCGAGGAGAACCCUAUGGAAAUGGUGAACAGACAUCUAAUCGGAUUGCCAGCAUCGGAGGACGAUCAGGCCGCCGAGAUGAUGGACAGAGUACUCGAGAAAGAGGAAGACGUCGUCAGGCAUCAAGAAUACGAUCACAAUUCACCAUACAAUGACUUGAACGGUCGUCCAGAUACCCGAUGGGCAGAGAGUCAGGUGUUACCGUCUCGAAGGUCUACGUCUUCUUCGAUCACCUCCGCUUCGUCCGCAGAGGAUCAUUCCAUUCCACCGUACAAAAACGUAGCGGGCAUUCCUUUUCCACCGUGCUCGAUCGAAGCAACGUAUUACGCGGACUCGAGCUACGGUACCGGCCCGGUAAGUCUCUUUCCGCCGCAGUCGUGCGCGGCGCCGUUACCGUAUCCUUCACCCGGGCCAGCCCUUUUUCCACCGGCAUUCGGCGCAGCUUUCCCAGCAGCACAGUCGUUGUUGCCGCACGUGAAACCACUGGAGGACUCGUUAAAUCUACAGGCUUCACCAUGUACUGCAGCGUUCACGUCUUCCUCGCACAACAUGGCGCUCACCGCAGCCAUGGUAUCGCCUACCAAAAUAGCCACACCGCCACCGCCACCACCUCCACCACCACCGCAAGUUACCGCCCCACCUGCCGAAACCAUCGAGAGGACACAGCAACAAUUGCAAACUCAGGUCACCGAAUCACCUUCCUUGCCCAUGAAUUUCUUGAACACCGUAGCACCAGAGAGUCACGUCAGCGACACCGUCGUCGAGAAUCUGCAAGAAGUUUUGCCGGACGGAAAGAGUCAGCACUCCGGGAAGAAAUCACCUUCGAAGCCUACUAGGACCUCGGCCCGGGUUACGUCUCUGCAAGGGAAGUCUCCAGGGAAGUCCCCGAGACAGGAAGCUCAGAAGAGCGUUCCUGGAGCACGAGGACGCGGUAGAGGCGCUAAGAAUUCAUCGCAACACUCCGGUUACAGGGGACGCGGUCGAGGCCGAGGUAGGGGACGAGGUAGAAGCGGUCAAAACGCAGGACUGGUCUCUGGUGUUAGUAUCAGCCAGCACGAUGAUUCCAUUCAGAACAAACUAGUCGGCACGGUGUACGAUUUCGACUCCGACGAGGAUUCGACCAGCGAGGCGAACAUCGCCGACCUGCGUACCAUGAGGGAACGCAAGAAGUCGACGGACGCCGCGGCAGCGGGCAUCGAGAGAAGGGACUCCGCUGUCCUGGCUUCCGGAGAGAGCAUUCAAUCGAGACUUUCCAGUCCUGGAGGUACCAGAAAGUACUUGGAGGACAGGAGACUCUCUUGUUCCCCUGGUCACGACGACUCCACCGUUGUCGAGAGUCAGUCAAACGUUGGACAGAGCUUCGAUACCGUCCUACCGGUUAUUCCUGGUCCCGUCGACAUGAGAACCUACAACUCUACCCUCGACGCUUCAAGUUCUUCCACACUACACGGUCAGACGUACGAGAAUCAUUUCUUGGGAUCUUUCGCUGGUGUUUCGGCGAGCGAUCCUGCUCUUCCGGACAUCGAGGAGGACCUCGAGAAGGAGUUAAGAUCCGCGCUGAUCGGUAAACAGAGUCAAGAAGACUGCUCGAAGCCGAACUUCGACGCGAGCAUCGACGCGUCGUCUUCCGGCUUUGUGGACGCCAACAAGGUCUCUUUGACGGACUCGAGAAAUCAACUGAAGGUGAAGAUCAAAGGUCCGUUCCUCGAUGCGAACUAUGUUCCUGCCUCAUCGGUACCACCGCUUGCUCAACAAGCACCCGUGAUAAUUGCUCCGGCUGCCACCAGUGCUUCCGUCGCUUCCGGAACCUCGAACCUCAGGCGAAUGCGGAAGAAGGAGCUGCUUAGACAGUAUUGCUCUCAGGACAUGAAUAUGGACGAGCCAGGUUGCGGAAAUCUUGCCACGUCCGCGCCGAUCAUCAUGCCACCCAUCAACCGUACGGUGAUCACCAUACCGAAAGCUGUCGCCUCGAUGACUAGUAUACCUACCAGAGAGGACUACAAGGCGGUCGUCGACGCGAACAUGGAGAAGAAGAGAAGAAAAGAACGGCCUGCCGGCUUCUUAGACGCCAACGAGGAGGAGGGAGGCGUCGAAAGGAGACGAAGCAGCGCAGCGAACGGUGCUGGUUCCAGCGGUAACGCCGCGAUCGGUAACACGGAUCGCAGGAGAGGAAGGCAGAGUAGUGGCGGCAGGUCGACGACGACCACGACCACGACUACCACCUCGAACAGUGGUCCGCCGAAAUUGAAGAUAAAGAUCGGCAAUAGCAUUAUCGGUGGCCAGGAGAGCGGCCAGGACGACAGGACCAGAAUCAGACCGCCGAAGAAACGGCUGAGCAGCAUUCCUAGCAGUACACCGAGCAUCGAGGAGUUGCGCAGAGAAAGUAUGAAGUUUAGACGCAUGAUCAUGGCUGGUUUCGACAACGACGAGAAACUUAGAGCAAAGAGUAAGAAGGAUAAGAACGGUAAGAGAAAGAAACGUCAAUCGAGCAGAAAGGAAGCCAGGGUGCGUAUCCUCGAAGGUGGUGCUGCCCCACCAAAGCUGAUCAUCACACUGGGCAAAGGCAACGACUCUCCCGACGACUUGCCGAUCUUGCUCACGGACGAAGAAGAGGAAGAGGAAGAGGAACGACAUCCGACUGACAGUAGAGUAGGUCCUCCGCCUCCGGAACCAGCCAAGGACGAGCCUGUCUAUCCCGCAGUAGCUGCCAACAUGGAAGAGAAACAGCCUACCGACCCCGACACCGGUGGCAGCGCGCCUAGGAACGUUCGUUCGGCCAAGGUCACGCCGAUCAGGUUAAAAUUGACGCGUUGCCAGGAGGGUUACGAGCUUAAGGGCUCGCCGAUCCAUGGCGAGGAGCCAUUAACUACGGAGAAACCGCGAAGUUCCGAAGUUUCGAACGAAGAGACGAGAGAUCCACCGAUGAAAAGCCAGGAGGAAGAGUCCUCCAGGGAAGAGGAAGAGGAAGAAGAGGAGGAGAACAAUAGUUCCGUGCAAAGAGACUCCUCCGCGUGUCCUGCCGCGACAAGUAUACCACAAGGAUGCCAAGUUAGGUGAUAAUUAAUGAUACUCGUGGAGUAACGGAGCAGAGGACACAACACGGUGCUCGUACGAUGUUUACAGUCGAUUGAGAAACGGACUCGAUACACGCUUGUUUCCGGUUGCUAGCUGUGAAAGCACGUUGCCGUUAUAAGGUGAAAAAACCGUUCCGCAAUUUGUACAGCUCCAAAAUGACCGAGGUACUGCCUUAUUCUUAAAAAGACAAUUUUAUCAUCUGUUGGAUCUAGGAAUGUGUGGGUCAUCGAACGUGGAGGGUACCUGAGCUGUCGGGGUGGGUCGGAAGAAGUCAGACGAGAUCGGACGAGGACCUAAAACAUAUGGAUUCUUGGGUAGCAAUCUCAUUUUCAAAUUUGGACUUGAAAUUUUUGGGUUUGGACCUUUUCACAUUUGAGACAUAGAGACUUAGGAAUUUUGUAAACUUAGGAAAUUAAAGACUCGAUAAAGUGCAAAUUCGAGGACUUGGGAAUUAAAAAUUUUACCAUUUAGAAAUCUCUAAAUUUAUAUAUUUGAAAAAUUGUUACUUUCAAAAUGAAUCGUAAGUAUGAAGUAUAUGAUACAACUUAUAGAAGGGUAUUUGAACAAUAUAAAUAUUUUGACUUUGUCUCUACCCGAGUCCGUAUGUCGCAUACUCUUCUGAACCCGUUUGACUUCACCGACUCGACUCGAACCCAAAAUGUCGGAUACCCGCACAUUCCUAGUUAGUUCGUAUCGUUGGCUUAGUGGACCAAACCGUGAACCAACACGUUUUAAAAUAUAUCAUGGUUUUAAACCAAACUGUUUUUUUAGUUUUUUCUUUAUUUUGUUAAUGAAAAUUAUCUAUAAUAAAACAUUAUUUUACUCGAAUAACUUAGUAAGUAUAGAUUUUAUAGAGUCAUGCUCAAUGAAUAAAUGAAUUAUAGAUAUAAAUAAAUAGUUCCCGCUAGACCUACGAUACGCAAAAGUCAUUUGAUAUAGAAUUUUUUUUAUGAUUUCCCGCAAGAUUUUACAAAGUUGUAUAUAUAAAAUAGAGAAAGAUACUUGCGCUCUGUUGAUAAUAUUUAUAAAUUAUGUUUUUAUUUUUUAUUAUUAUUAUCACGUUAUAUUAUACAUAUAUAUAUAUUAUAUAUACAUACAAGUUCGUUAUUCUUUAUUCACCAUUAAUUAAUGAAUUUAUUUUAAUAAACUUCACCUUCUUACGGCAACAGAAACGCAAAACGAAAACGGUGAUUUUGGCAAGAGAGGGAACAAGGUGGUAGCAACUUCUAAGAUAUACUCGUAUCGGACUCGCUUCAAAGGACAUUCUCCGACGUUAAAAGGAAGAAAGAACCUAUGCUCCUCGAGAACAUUCGGUUUUAUUCUUAAAACGCUAAACAAUACUCGAGAGACGAAAAAAUGGGCGUGCCAUUUCGCGGCGGCGACGAGAUGUCUAUGUUUUUUUUCCUUAAGGAAAAAAUCUGAUCGAAGAAACACGGAUCGGAGCCGUUCACGAAGAUCACGAAACUCUCCGAUAUCUUAUAAAAUAUUUAAUUUAAUUCUCGUUCGCAAAUUUUUCGAACAUCGAUGUACGCGCGCACGUGUAACGUAUUUAGCGUACAAAAGGAUAAACGAGACAGGACAAGAAUUCUCGCGAUAACUUCGUGAACGGCCUCGCCAUUAAUUUCGCAGUAAGAACUAGUUAAUUGUACAUACUUGUAAUUUACGAUUGUAUUUAGUUUAAGUCGAGGAGAGAGUUGUGUGCGUGAGUGUGUAUGCCAGGCGAGAAUAAGAGAAAGAGUUAUUGUGCGAGAAUGGGCGUGAAAGAUUUUAUAAUCAGUGCGAAGCUUACGUGAUGGCUGUGUUUUACCACGCGGUCCGAUCUUCCAGGCAAAUUAAAUCCUGGGCCGCGCAGAAACGUUCAGUAUCCCCCCAAAACCGUUGGAUUGCUCGAGUCUCUCCCUCCCUCUUUCCCCUUUAAAACGAGGCCGUUGGUUGAAUAUUACGAUAGAGAGAUAGUAUAUAAACAAACAAAAAAAAAAAA